AUGGGUUUCAGUGGGAAAUACCAGCUGGAGUCUCACGAGAACUUUGAAACUUUUAUGAAGGCGAUUGGCCUUCCAGAUGAUGAGAUUGAGAAAGGCAAAGAAAUCAAGAGCAUCUCCGACAUACAGCAGAAAGGAAAUGACUUUAAUGUCACCGUGACGGCGGGAACUAAAGUGAUCAUGUACUCGUUUACUGUGGGUGAAGAGUGUGAACUGGAGACUUUCACUGGAGAAAAAGCCAAAACUGUAGUUCACAUGGAUGGGAAUAAACUGACAGUGUUUCUGAAGGGGAUUGAGUCUGUCACUGAGCUGCAUGGAGACACCAUCAGUAAUACGAUGACCUUUAAUGGGAUCGUGUACAAGAGGAUCAGCAAGCGCAUCUCCUGA